AUGCAUCACACCACCACCAGCAGCACCACUGAGCUCUUAGACCCCUUACUGGAGAAAUCCUUUCUCAGUGUUGUAUGUUUCUCUGGCUGCAGUGGCACUGUGAACCACGAGAAGCGAAAAUUCAGUCGUCUGAUACUGGACGUGGCCUCUGUCUUCUUCCUGCCACCCUUCAGCUUCCAGAUCCGAGUAGGAGGACUUUACCUCCUGUACAGCUUGUAUCAGUGCCAGAAUGCGUCACCCUCUGAGCAGAUCCGUCUGGCACUGAAGGACUGGGCGGACGUGAAGACGUUUGAGAAAGACGCUACAGUUGCUCAGCACUUCGACGUGAUCUACAUCCUCCAGCAGCUCAUGUUCUGUAAAGCGUUCCACUUCACCGCCACACCCUCUCUGCUCACCUACAAUAAGAAGAGGAAGGUGGAAAGGUCGCCAAUGCAUGAGGAGUUCAUGGAGCGAGUGUCCCGUCCACAGGAGCUGGUUAACAUCGAGCUGCUGGAAGAAAUGGACAACAUUCACCAGCACUAUGAGAAUCUGAAGGCAUCCACCCUCUCGCUGACAUCAGCGCAGCAAGAUCCGUCCGUCAGCCUGAUCCGUAAAAACCUCAUCCCUCAGCUUCGCAGCGCUGUGGUCGACUUCUACAAUUGGCAGAAAAGGAAGGACAGUGUGGACGAAGAAGAGGACAGCAGUGAGGGAACAUCAUCCCAGCAGGAGGUGAGAUAG